GAAGGCUAGCUGCAGACACAUCCAGCUGGCUUGCUGGAUGACGCGGGUGGAUCACUGACGUCUACCCAGAUCGUUAACAUUUAAUUGCAUUUGAUCCUGCAGGUCAAGGUCACCCCAUGUUGGAGGAGCAGGACCCUUGCAGCUACGUGGGUGACUCUGCAUCGCGAAGUGAGGCGUGUUAGAUAACAGGGCCACGGUGUCGGGGAGAAAUGUCAGACACAGAUGGUGAUGAUGAUGACGACUAUGUGACGGCUGAUGAGGAAGAUGAAGAAGACUGGAGAGAAGAAAGAGGCAUCGAGGAAGAGGAUCUAUUCUGUAGCGAUGACGAGGAGGAGGAGGGGGAGGAUGAGGAGGACGAGGACGAGGAGGAGGAUGACGGGGAAGAGAACAGCCAUGCUGAUUUAACCGAUCUCAGGACGAUUUUCGGCAACGUCACUGGUCAAACUGUCACUCACCAAUCCUUUCAAAGUGUAAAUAAAGAGAUUGACACAUGUAUUCAAGGAAUCCCCGCAUCUCCCAAAGUCGAGGGAAUACCAAGCGACUAUGAGACACAAGAACCAGUGUUGGGGUCACCAUCAACUCAAGGCCAACUCGCACCUGCACUGACGUCGGGGGAACAAUCAACUCAAGGCCAACUGACACCUGCACUGACGUCGGGGAUACCAUCAACUCAAGACCAACUCACACCUGCACCAGCGUCGGGGAUACCAUCAACUCAAGACCAACUCACACCUGCACUGACGUCGGGGAUACCAUCACUUCAAGGCCAACUCACACCUGCACCAGCGUCGGGGCUACCAUCAACUCAAGACCAACUCACACCUGCACUGACGUCGGGGCAGCCAUCAACUCAAGACCAACUGACACCUGCACUGACGUCGGGGAUACCAUCAACUCAAGGCCAACUCACACCUGCACCAGCGUCGGGGCUACCAUCAACUCAAGACCAACUCACACCUGCACUGACGUCGGGGCAACCAUCAACUCAAGACCAACUCACACCUGCACUGACGUCGGGGAUACCAUCAACUCAAGGCCAACUCACACCUGCACCAGCGUCGGGGCAACCAUCAACCCAAGACCAACUCACACCUGCACCAGCGUCGGGGCAACCAUCAACUCAAGACCAACUCACACCUGCACUGACGUCGGGGGAACCAUCAACUCAAGACCAACUCACAACUGCACCACCGUCGGGGAUACCAUCAACUCAAGACCAACUCACACCUGCACUGACGUCGGGGAUACCAUCAACUCAAGACCAACUCACACCUGCACUGACGUCGGGGCAGCCAUCAACUCAAGACCAACUCACACCUGCACUGACGUCGGGGCAACCAUCAACUCAAGACCAACUCACACCUGCACUGACGUCGGGGAUACCAUCAACUCAAGACCAACUCACACCUGCACUGACGUCGGGGCAGCCAUCAACUCAAGACCAACUCACACCUGCACUGACGUCGGGGCAACCAUCAACUCAAGACCAACUCACACCUGCACUGACGUCGGGGAUACCAUCAACUCAAGACCAACUCACACCUGCACCAGCGUCGGGGCUACCAUCAACUCAAGACCAACUCACACCUGCACUGACGUCGGGGCAACCAUCAACUCAAGACCAACUCACACCUGCACUGACGUCGGGGCAACCAUCAACUCAAGACCAACUCACACCUGCACUGACGUCGGGGCAACCAUCAACUCAAGACCAACUCACACCUGCACUGACGUCGGGGCAACCAUCAACUCAAGACCAACUCACACCUGCACUGACGUCGGGGCAACCAUCAACUCAAGACCAACUCACACCUGCACUGACGUCGGGGCAACCAUCAACUCAAGACCAACUCACACCUACACUGACAUCGGGGCAACCAUCAACUCAAGACCAACUCACACCUGCACUGACGUCGGGGGUACCAUCAACUCAAGACCAACUCACAACUGCACCAGCGUCGGGGAUACCAUCAACUCAAGACCAACUCACACCUGCACUGACGUCGGGGAUACCAUCAACUCAAGACCAACUCACACCUGCACUGACGUCGGGGAUACCAUCAACUCAAGGCCAACUCACACCUGCACCAGCGUCGGGGCAACCAUCAACUCAAGACCAACUCACACCAGCACUGACGUCGGGGGAACAAUCAACUCAAGACCAACUCACACCUGCACUGACGUCGGGGAUACCAUCAACUCAAGACCAACUCACACCUGCACUGACGUCGGGGCAACCAUCAACUCAAGACCAACUCACACCUGCACUGACGUCGGGGAUACCAUCAACUCAAGGCCAAUUCACACCUGCACCAGCGUCGGGGAUACCAUCAACUCAAGACCAACUCACACCUGCCCUGACGUCGGGGAUACCAUCAACUCAAGACCAACUCACACCUGCACUGACGUCGGGGCAACCAUCAACUCAAGACCAACUCACACCUGCACUGACGUCGGGGCAACCAUCAACUCAAGACCAACUCACACCUGCACUGACGUCGGGGAUACCAUCAACUCAAGACCAACUCACACCUGCACCAGUGUCGGGGCUACCAUCAACUCAAGACCAACUGACACCUGCACUGACGUCGGGGCAACCAUCAACUCAAGACCAACUCACACCUGCACUGACGUCGGGGCAACCAUCAACUCAAGACCAACUCACACCUGCACUGACGUCGGGGCAACCAUCAACUCAAGACCAACUCACACCUGCACUGACGUCGGGGCAACCAUCAACUCAAGACCAACUCACACCUGCGCUGACGUCGGGGCAACCAUCAACUCAAGACCAACUCACACCUGCACUGACGUCGGGGCAACCAUCAACUCAAGACCAACUCACACCUGCACUGACGUCGGGGCAACCAUCAACUCAAGACCAACUCACACCUGCACUGACGUCGGGGCAACCAUCAACUCAAGACCAACUCACACCUGCACUGACGUCGGGGCAACCAUCAACUCAAGACCAACUCACACCUGCACUGACGUCGGGGCUACCAUCAACUCAAGACCAACUCACAACUGCACCAGCGUCGGGGAUACCAUCAACUCAAGACCAACUCACACCUGCACUGACGUCGGGGAUACCAUCAACUCAAGACCAACUCACACCUGCACCAGCGUCGGGGCAACCAUCAACUCAAGGCCAACUCACACCUGCACCAGCGUCGGGGCAACCAUCAACUCAAGACCAACUCACACCUGCACCAGCGUCGGGGCAACCAUCAACUCAAGGCCAACUCACACCUGCACUGACGUCGGGGAUACCAUCAACUCAAGACCAACUCACACCUGCACUGACGUCGGGGAUACCAUCAACUCAAGACCAACUCACAACUGCACCAGCGUCGGGGAUACCAUCAACUCAAGACCAACUCACACCUGCACUGACGUCGGGGAUACCAUCAACUCAAGACCAACUCACACCUGCACCAGCAUCGGGGCAACCAUCAACUCAAGAUCAACUCACACCUGCACCAGCGUCGGGGCAACCAUCAACUCAAGACCAACUCACAACUGCACUGACGUCGGGGCAACCAUCAACUCAAGACCAACUCACACCUGCACUGACGUCGGGGCAACCAUUAACUCAAGACCAACUCACACCUGUACCAGCGUCGGGGCAACCAUCAACUCAAGGCCAACUCACACCUGCACUGACGUCGGGGCAACUAUCAACUCAAGACCAACUCACACCUGCACCAGCGUCGGGGCUACCAUCAUCCCACGGCCAACUCACACCUGCACCAGCGUCGGGGAUACCAUCAACAAAAGAUGGCCCACGCUGUGGUGCAGCAGUCCAGUACAACUUCAUCAAGUUGGAGCAGCAGGUGACGGUCCCAACAGGCAGAAACCUGAACAUUGGAGGAACCCAGAACAUUGGGAAACCUGCCCCCGGACAGGAUGACGAGGAGACCACGCUGACUACAGUACAAAAACUAAGAAAAAGAACAGAGAUGAGGAUUGAGACAUGGACGCACGAAAUGGUGAAAACUGAGGCUCUCAAGAAGGUGACGGAUAAACUCGACGAAGGAGCCACUUGGGUGACCAUUAAGGGGAGCCCUGGAGAAGGGAAGUCCACGAUUGCUUACAUGGCACUCAAAGACCAGCAUAGCAAGGGGAGACAAGUCUUCCAGGUCGAAACCCCAGCAGAGUUCUCUGAGGUCACCAUGACCUGCUCUUGGCCCCUCAUCAUGCUGGACGACAUUUUGGGAGACUUGGAAUUCAGUGUGGUGGAAUGGUCGAGAUGGAGACCAGUGCUUCGCCCAAUUCUGGAUCCAAUGGAACCACACAAGGAGCACAAGAACGGAGGGAAAAGUAGGAAACUGACAAUAAUUCUUGUUGGUCGAGAUUAUGUUCUACAGUCUUCAGUGGCAGAUUUGGGAAGACUCGUUUCCUUCAUCACCAGCGACAACUAUGUAAUCGAGGUAUCCUCGGAGAGAAACGUGGAGGAGAAGAAACGAAUUUGGAAUGCAUUGGCUCAAGGGUUACAUUUUGAAAACGAAACUGUACAACAAUGUUGUAAAAUUGACUGCCCGCAUGGAUUUCCACAUGUUUGUAGAAUGUUUCUAAGGGCAUAUUGCAACGACAAUCAGAUUUCGAUGGAGGAAUUCUUUAACAAACCCCUUGAUUUUCUGAACCAAACAAUGAACAAGCUGAUGAACGAUAGCAUAAAGCGGAAAGUGUUGAUGAUGAUAAUCAAAAGAGAUGGGAAAGUGUCUGAAAAUGAAUUAGAUGCUGAUGAGGACCUAGGAUAUGAGUGCAUAACGGCUGCAAAUAAUCUGGUUGGAUCCUAUCUCAAGCGAGAAGAAGAUACGUACAUGUUUGACCACCCUUCUGUCUAUGAUAGUGUUGCAUUUAUUCUUUGCACAAAAAAUACACGGUUUGUUAUAACCAACUGCAGUAUGUCGUUCAUCCACCAAAGACUACGUCUCGAAUCUACCCAAACAGGCAGUUCUGAGACUGAGGCAGGGUUGGUUGCAUAUAUCCCCAAAUCGUAUGUUUCCGAUUUGGCCAAAAGAUUUGCUUAUGAAAUCACAAACAGGAACUUCAUACUCGUGCUAUCCCACAGAGUGUGUAGGGAUGUUGAGUUUAUUCAAACAUUCAUGGACAUACUGUCAAUCAAUCAUCAAAUAUCUAUAAAGGAUUUCAUUACCUGCUCUGAUAAAAUGUCAGGGUAUCCCUUCCUGGAACUACUCCCCAGUAGCAAAUCCAUAAAUGUGCUUCGUUAUCUUAUGGAGACAGGCAACACUGCCCUCAGACCAGAACAAAUAAGUGAAAUUCUGUUUGGUGUCUGCAAGAAUUCUGCUGGAAUUGUGUUGACAUAUCUGACUCAAAAAGUGGCAAUAAACAUAAACACUACAUAUGGAAAUGCCAGAAAGACACCAUUGAUGAUAGCUGCAGAAACAAAAGACUCUGAUUUUGUUUUGCAGAUUCUUUCGUAUGGACCUGACCUCCGUGCAUCCGACCGUUGGGGGAAGACUGUCUUACAUUAUCUGUGUGAAUACGGUCAUACCGCAGCAGUUGCAGCGGUGGCUGAUGGAGGAGUAGAAAUCAAUGUGACAGACACAUUUGGAGAGUCUCCUAUGUACCUGGCCUGCAGAAGUGGCAAAGUGGACCUGAUAAAGUUGCUGCAGGACAGGGGAGCUCGUGUAUCAGGGGAGGAAGUGUGCAGUGCUUGUAAGAGUGGAAACCUGCCUCUCGUCAAGAUUCUGUUUGAAAAAGGCGCAUCUGUCAACAUGUUGUCUCUGGAAGGCAACAACCCUUUUCACUCAGCCUGCAAAGGAGGGGAUAUCGAUACUGUGAAGUUUUUAAUUCAGAGAGGAGCAACAAUGACCACGGUUUCUUCUGGUGGUGACACUCCUGUCCAUUCUGCCUGUGAGGGAGCAAAGUCUGAAGUGCUCGAGUUCCUGCUUAGCAAACUUGGUGCAGACUCUAAAAGUGGGGGAAGCUAUGGACACAUUUCAUCUGGGGAGACUGGGCAUAAAGAGGUGAUGACAAAAACUGGCACUGAUGUGAAUGUAGCAAACAAUAUAGCUGACACCGCCCUACACAAAGCAGCAUGGAGGGGAUCAAAGUCGUGUGUCGACGUGCUCAUUAAGGCUGGAGCUGUUGUGAACCUGCAGAAUAAUAAGGGUGACACCCCCCUCCACCUAGCAGCAGAAUGGGGGUUUGAGGAGUGCGUGGAUAGCCUGCUGAAGGUAGGAGCUGAUGGUAAUAUAAGUAACCAGGCAGGCGAGAAACCGCUCCACAGAUCCGUCAGAUGUGGAUCAAGCCCAUGUGUUGCCUUUUUGCUGAAGGCUACUGAGGUUAAUGUACGGAAUGAAGCCGGCAACACACCACUCCACAUAGCCGUAGAUGCGGGAUCGGAUGAGUGUGUGGAUGUCUUACUGAAGGCCAGUGCUGAAGUCAAUGCCCAGAAUGGUGCAGGUGAAACACCACUUUAUAUUGCAUCAGAGCUUGGAGCUCAUGAAUAUGUAGCCAUCCUCCUGAAGGCUGGAGCUGAUGCGAAUAUACUCAAUAUCAAAGGCUGUACUGCGGUACACAGAGCAGUUAGGUUUGGAUUUGACGACUGCAUCACAGCGUUACUGGAAGCAGGAUCGGAUCUGAACAUCCAGGAUGAUGAUAACAAGGACACACCUUUGCAUAUAGGAAUAAAGGGGUCAUCUAGAGAACGUGUUGAGAUGUUGUUGAGUGGAGGAGCUGAUGUGGACAUACAGAAUGAUAAAGGUUACAGUCCUCUGCAUACAGCAGCUAUGUCUGGGUUGAGAGAUUGUGUUCAAAUUUUGAUUAAUGCUGGAGCUGAUGUCAAUUCACGUGAAAGUUCAGGUAGGACACCACUUCAUGUAGCAGUAUGGAAUGGGCUUAAAGUGCAUGUCAACAUUUUAUUAAAAGCCGGAGCAAAUGUGAAUGCAGAAGAUAAUGAGGGGGAAACACCUCUACAUCUUGCUGUUGCAAAAGGAGAAACAAAACGUAUGCGCAUGUUGAUAGAUGCAGGAGCUAAUGUAAAUGCACAGAAGAAUCAAGGCGCAACACCACUUCACAGAGCAGGAAUUUGCAGGUCCACGGACGCCUUAAAACUUUUGAUUAAGUCUGGGGCUGACCUGAACUUAGCUGAUAAUAAUGGGGAAACGUGUAUUCAUACAACUGCUGAAUGUGGGAAUAAAGAAUGCCUUUAUGAGUUAAUUGAAGCUGGGGCUUCUAUUGUUGCACGCAAUAAGAAAGGACGCACGCCUCUACAUUCAGGACUUGUACUUGUAUCUCCAACGCAAAUUGAUACAUUGAUAAACAUUGGGGCUGAUGUUAAUGCGCAGGACGAUGAAGGAAACACACCACUUCACGCUGCUAGUAUGUUCAGAUAUUCCCAAAGAGGUGUGGGUCAUUUAAUAAAGGCUGGAGCAGAUAUAAAUCUGUGCAACGACAAAGGCGACACACCGUUGCUUGUGGCAGCAGCAUGGGGGUGUCAUAAUGCUGUUGAAAAUAUAAUACAGGCUGGACCUGAUGUGAAUGUACAGAAUAGUAGAGGUGACACAUUGCUUCAUAUAACAUUGAAAAUAGGAGCUCAGGGCGACAGCAAAGUAUCAUUAUCAUACGGAUCUUACUACGAUGUACCACACACUAUUAGUGGUACACAAGUGUACACUGCAGCUGAACUGGGAUCUGGUGAUGAUGGGGUUGAUCUGUUAUUUCAACCCAAAACUGGCAUCAAUGUGCAACAAAGUAAAGAACUACUGGAAGAGGAAUUGGGAAAGGAUUAUACUGCUGUAAAAUUAUGUCAUUGGAAAGCGUGGGGUAUAUCGAGGAAUCACAUGGAUGUCUUGCUGAAGAGUGGAUGUGAUGUGGAUAUACAAAAUAAUAAUGGUGAUACACCACUCCACAUUGCAUCAGGGAGGGGUUCAAAAUGGGGUCUCGAUAUAGUGCCAGCGUGUUCGUUAAAUAAGCGUGUGCUAGUGUGCCAUGUUAAAGGCAAGAAGACAUUCGUGCCUGGAGAUUGGGGAAUGGCUUUGGACUGCGUUGAUCUCCUACUGAACGUUCAAGCUGACGUGAAUCAACAAAACGACAGAGGCGACACAUCACUACACAAUGCAGCAGCGAGAGGAUUCAAAGAAAUUGUUGAUGCACUUCUGAAAAAAGGAGCUGAUGUGAAUUUGAAAAAUCUUCAAGGGAGGACCCCUUUGCAUAAUGCAUUGUCUCAUCAAACUGUUUUGUGCUUUGCUCAAGUGCCUGACAUUGCCAUAUGUGCCUCACUGAUUGGACAUGGAGCUGAUGUUAUGAGCAAGGACAUGGCAGGCAACACUCCGCUACAUCUGCUGUGUUCUGCUGCCAGAAAUACUGCAGUGCUAAGCCAGGACCUGGAGUUCUCCUCUGUGGCUGCCCAUGAAGAUAACCAACUGUCGAUCUUCUCCACAGCGUCUUCCGAAGCAGACUUGUACCGCCGGUUGGUGGCUCUGCUCCUUGAUCAUGGUGCCCAUGCUAAUGUACGUAAUCACAAUGGCGAUCCAGCACUGCGGGGAUGGUGUCAGACAUUGUUUAUCGAGGAGAGUUGACUCUUUAACGCAUUUAAAUUGAAACGUCCCAGCGAUACAUCCAUAUAUGAAUUCACAUGAUCAGACAAACAUAAUGCAUCGAUGCAUAUCAUUUCACAAAUUGAUUCAGUUAUCUCUAAUAUUAUUCAAUUGUGCCUUUUGUCACAACAUUGUUUAUUGAGAAGACUUGACUGUAUAUGACAGAGGUGACACAGCACUGCGGGGAUGGUGUCAGACAGUGUUUAUUGAGAAGACUUGACUGUAUAUGACAGAGGUGUCACAGCACUGCGAGGUGGUGUCAGAUAUUGUUUAGUGAGAAGACUUGACUGUAUAUGACAGAGGUGUCACAGCACUGCGAGGUAGUGUCAGACAUUGUUUAUUGAGAACACUUGACUGUAUAUGACAGAGUUGACACAGCACUGCGGGGUGGUGUCAGAUAUUGUUUAUUGAGAACACUUGACUGUAUAUGACAGAGGUGUCACAGCACUGCGGGGUGGUGUCAGACAUUGUUUAUUGAGAACACUUGACUGUAUAUGACAGAGGUGACACAGCACUGCGGGGUGGUGUCAGACAGUGUUUAUUGAGAAGACUUGACUGUAUAUGACAGAGUUGACACAGCACUGCGAGGUGGUGUCAGAUAUUGUUUAGUGAGAAGACUUGACUGUAUAUGACAGAGGUGUCACAGCACUGCGAGGUGGUGUCAGAUAGUGUUUAGUGAGAAGACUUUACUGUAUAUGACAGAGGUGUCACAGCACUGCGAGGUAGUGUCAGAUAUUGUUUAGUGAGAAGACUUGACUGUAUAUGACAGAGGUGUCACAGCACUGCGAGGUGGUGUCAGAUAUUGUUUAGUGAGAAGACUUGACUGUAUAUGACAGAGGUGUCACAGCACUGCGGGGUGGUGUCAGACAUUGUUUACUGAGAAAAGGGUGUUUGUUGCGUCAAAAAGUGUUUUCUUGAGUUUAGACGGGCACUGUGGUGAUGUCAGUGACUGUUUGUUCAUGAUAUUUCACAACUCAGAUGAAAUUCAAGAAUCCGAGAAUCUAAUCCAUGGCCAGUCAUUCCUGCCAAUACAACAACUGAAACGUCCCUCCGAUGCACUUCUUUAUGCGUGAGUGCGUUACGGUUUAACGUCACUUUUAACAGUAUUUCAGUUAUAUCACGGAGUAUCACCUUAAUUUGGGAUGACGUAAUGUAAUCAGUUUGUGACGCACUGAGUGAGUGAGUCUGGUUGAACGCGGCUUUGAACAGUAUUCAAGUUAUAUCACGGUGUGUCAGCUUAAUGUGGGAUGACGUAAUGUAAUCAGUUUGUGACGCAUUGAGUGAGUGAGUCUGGUUGAACGCGGCUUUGAACAGUAUUCAAGUUAUAUCACGGUGUGUCAGCUUAAUGUGGGAGGAAAGACUGAAGUGAUGCAGGUCUCAUCUCACUGGUUAAACCCGCCAGCACGACAAACCUAGAAACAUAAAAUGGGGCAAAACUGGGAUUCACAUCGUAUUUUUCUCAACAAUAAAGCUAUUUCGCGUGAAUUGUUUCGGUGACUGUAUUCAGUAUAUUAACAUUUUGAUAAUGUUUGAAAUUGGUUUGCCAAAUUCAAUCUUAAAGUGCGUUAUUUAAUUCUUGUGGCCGGCAGUUUAUGUGCAAGAGUGGGUUAGAUCAGAGAUUAUUGGUCCUAUUAUUAACAUCAUUAUGAUCAUGCAGGGCGAGUGAGAGAUGAGAGAUUACUAUUAUCAUUAUUAUUUUUGUUGUGUAAAACCAUUGAGUAAAGAUAUUGCCGCAUUUGGUCUUCAUUAAAACAUACACGCUGUGAUAAAAGUAAA